ACCCCUUUCAGAGACGCGCGAUUGCGAUUUAGGUUUCCGCGCAUUUAAUUGGAGAAGCUGGAGCGCUAGUCUUCGCUGAUUGGUGCCGUGAAAUCUGCCCCAUAGACACCCGCGGGGCGCACAGUUUCAGUCGUCCGUGGGUUUCCCGCCAGCCGCAGUCUUGGACCGUAAUUAUGGUGGACGUGAUGGAGUUUCCCAGGUCGCGCAUCAACGCCGGCAUGCUAGCUCAGUUCAUCGACAAGCCUGUCUGCUUCGUAGGGAGACUGGAAAAGAUUCAUCCCACUGGAAAAAUGUUUAUUCUUUCAGAUGGAGAAGGAAAAAGUGGAACCAUCGAGUUGAUGGAACCCCUUGAUGAAGAAAUCUCUGGAAUUGUGGAAGUGGUUGGAAGAGUAACCGCCAAGGCCACUAUCUUGUGUGCCUCUUAUGUCCAGUUUAAAGAAGAUAACCAUCCUUUUGAUCUUGGACUUUACAAUGAAGCUGUGAAAAUUAUCCAUGAGUUCCCUCAGUUUUAUCCUUUAGGGAUUGUGCAACAUGAUUGAUCUUGAUGGAUUUUCAUACGAUUGUAAAUGAGCUAUAUUAAAGACUAUUAAAGGAAGCCCCUCUUGUUUGAGGGAGAGAUUUCUGUGCUUUCUCAUAUUUAAUUUGCUGUUUUUAAGGUAUUCCAACCUAGAGUUUUUGAUGGAACUGAUAUAUUGACAGUUCUCACCUAAGUCCUUUUAUAAAGAAUUGCUACUCCAAUAUAUGGUCAGAUUAGAUGGAAGAAUAAAGCAGUUGUCUGAUUUAGGUUUCUAUUUUAUUAAUAAAAACUAAAAUGGUACAUA